CACACAGAACAUUCGAUUGGAAAGUCUCUCCGUCGUGCCUCUAUUUCUCUUGGGUUCACACAGAACAUUCGAUUGGAAAGUCUCUCCGUCGUGCCUCUAUUUCUCUUGUAGGGUGUUGAGCGUCUUUUGUGAUUACAACGGAGCUGUUGAUUCGGGUGGUGAUAGUGGGUGCUUGGGAUCCUGAUUUCUCGUGUUGCUUGCGUAUUUGCUCUGACCCAAUUAUCUGAGGGAACGUGUUCACUUCCGUUGUAAAGAUUGGUCCUGAAAAGUAUGCUCUGCACCGACUUCCGUCUCUGGCAGAUAUGGACCCCGAUGACGCUUCGUAGACUGCAUUAAACGACUUUGUUGUUACACUGUUGUGGAUUGAAUCUCCAAUUAGCCAUGGCAGUAGUCGCGCUGGCUCCAUGUUUUUCGCCAUUGCCGUUUUGCUCUAUUCGUCCGGAACCCAUUUGUAGUGGUAGAAAGUUACAAAUUGUGCAAUGUGCACAAGUGCGGAAUGAACCAGGCAUCCAAGGAGAGAGGCGGAAGUACAAGGACUCCUUUACCGAUCUCGUGUUCAUCAACGGAUGCCGUGAAGCUUUCGGCAGAGUCGCAGGCUGGCAGUCACCACGGAGCUGGGAAGAAGGCUACGAGGGGAUGGUGGAAGUCUCGCAUGCUUUGGCGAGGAACAAAAAUGCAGCAGAACAACAAGCCGCAGUACUUCGAGGUUUUCCAAAAGUGCCAGACUGGUUUCGAAAGCUGUUCCCAUACUCAGACUGGGGAGCUGAGCUUAACGCCCGCAUCACGCCGCUUUUCUUCUCAUGGCUUGUCGGCCCUUGUGAGGUUGUGGAGGUGUCGGUAAACGAUAAACCAAUGAAAAGCGGCGUCCAAAUCCAGAAAUGCCGGUACCUCGAAACCAGCGGGUGCACAGGCCUUUGUGUGAACUCAUGCAAGAUGCCCACACAAUACUUCUUCACGAAGGAGCUCGGCAUGCCUUUGACAAUGGAGCCCAACUUCGAGGACAUGAGCUGUCUGAUGAUUUUCGGACAAACUCCACCUGCAUUCGAAGACGACCUGGUGUUCAAGCAAAAGUGUUGCACCACAUAUUGUCCAACGUCAAGUCAAGCCUCAGAGGUGUGUCCGAAACUUAGGUGACUGCACAACCCAAUUCUGUGAACAUCUCAUAGCUGUGUCGGUGAAAAACAAACUACUACAGUUGACGGCUUCACACAUCCUGAGCAUGAUGUGUUAAGCAUCACAUUCACAGACCCUAACAUAGUCUAAAAAACUCAUCGUUCUACAAAGUAUAUAUUUUUCAGAGAACUUGACAAGCUUUGUAAUCUGAAGUGAACUGGGGUUAUUCCACAUGUAACGAAUGCUAUUCAUUGAUCUUUUGCCUACCAACCGCACCUAUAGUUACGCAACUGCCACCUUUCUGUUGUAGAGUUGUGAAGCCCUAGAAUCCAUACCUACCUGCAUGAUAUUCUCUAUCAUACCACUACCUGUAGUGUGAUUUCAGACAGUAAGAUGUAUUUAACUCUAGAAGCAUGCGUAUCUAGUAGUUGAAGAGCAACUUAUGCUGUGUGAAGAUUUACUUUAUUAAAGCUUUCGUCAAAUAAUAACAAAAAUAACAGUAACAGUAGUUAUAAUUUUAUAUUAGAAUUUCCACCUGUUCACACAAUGUUGUGUAGAAGAAAUUGGGUUUUUUUGGAAGUUGUGGAAAACAUUUUUAGUCGAUAUGAAUAAAACUGUAUUAAUCGCCA